UACAGACUGUUCCUUCUCUGCUGAGGAGUGUCAGAGCGCAGCGUGGAAGCGUCCCAGCUCCACACAACCGUCCAGACCAAGUCCAACACCAGACACACAGACAGGAAGGAGACACAGAAAGACGACGACGACGACGAUGAUGAUGCAGCUCAGCCAAAAUGACAUGACUAAACAGAGGAUGUUGCAAGCUAAGGCACUGUCCAGGGAAGCCAAAGGACAGGGUCUGAACCUGGGGAAGAAGAUCAGUGUUCCGAAGGACGUGAUGAUGGAGGAGCUGAAUCUUCCCUCUAAUCGAGGCUCUCGCAUGUUUCAAGAGAGACAGAGGAGAGUCGAGAAGUUCACCCUGGAGAACACUGCCAGUGGCGCUUACAACACCAAUAAUGUCCAUCUCGAGGCCAUUCCUCCCCCGCAAAUCAUCCCGGAGCUACAGGGAGGAAAAGAAAACCAGGCUUUCUCCAUCCCUGGUAAGCAUAGCCUGGUCAUGAACCUACAGAAGACUGUAGCAAAGAAAGGCACUCCUGAAGUCCUCGCUCCAGGAUAUUCUGGCCCUCUGAAGGAAAUUCCUCAUGAGAGGUUCAACACAACAGUAAUCCCAAAAUCCUAUUGCUCCCCAUGGAGGGAAGCUUUGGGAAACAACGAAGAGCUCCUGAACACCCUGAACACCCAGCUGCCCCAGCUCCCCCAAAGGCUACAGCCUGCCAACUACAGGUGCUUCAACAGAUCUCCCAUGCCAUUUGGGGGCACUAUGGCCAGCAAGAGGGUGAUACCAGUGAUUGGCUUUGAGGCAGUGGAAUCCCAGAAGCUGCCCGGCAUCGCUUUGGACCGCAUGUGCCGACGACCCAACUUCAACAGAGCACCCAGGGGAUGGGGAGUUGAUUACUCCCCCGAAUCGAACGAACUAUGAAGAAGAGCUGAUAGGCUAAAGACUAAAGCGCUGACCUCUGCUUGCUCCUGUCCUCCUACAGAGAUGAGAAGAUGAAGAUGAUUCCCCUGUUAAUCAGUGGGGCACUGCAGGGGGGGCAAGACUCCUGCAUGAUAUAGAAAUUUGCUACUGCUGAGUGGUUUGGCCAGCUGAGGCAAAGUCUGGAUGCUGGAAUCAGUAGAGUCCAGGACAAUGCCGCCACAGACUCAUCAGUCCUACCCAUUUUUCUUUUCAUUCUUCACUCAAACUCAGUGUCUUAACACUUGAGUUCUUUCUUUUCACACUGUGGCUUUCCAUCUUUUUUCUCCACUAGUCGGACAACACACAUAACAGUAAAUCGUUACAUAAAUAAUGAUGAUAUCCACUCUGAGAUGAUCAAUGACAAAAUGAGGCCAUUUUAAUGACAAGUGAAAACAAUGUACAAAGAAAGCCUUACAUUAACUAAGUCUUAAUGUUGUGGAAUAUUGAAAUUGUGUCAAAAAAAAAAAAAAAAUCAAUGUAACUGAAAAUUAACAGGUUUAAAAAUGCUCCUCAGAAUCAAACUCCAUGUUGUACGAUGUAACAAUUACAAGUUUAACCUAAAGUAUACAUUUUUUAUAUGUACAAUGGCUCUGAUCACAGGAGCCCUUUAAAAACAUAUACCCCUGAUCACAUUGGUCAGUACUCUUAUGUUUGAAGUCUUUUACUUUGUUAAGUUCCACUGUUUAGAUGCUGUUCUGGUACUUUUUAAACUGCGUGUAGUGGCAAAGUCAUCUGUUAAGAUCCUGGUUGUUGUCUCUCCAGACACAGAUGGUGCUCCUUCACUUUAUCCACUGCGCUGCGGGUGGCAUAAUAAAUCCUAUGUUAUCCUGUAA